UUUCCAAGAUCCAGUUAGCUGAGAGAAGAUUUACCACCAAUACAUAGGCCGCUAAACUGAGGAAUGACCAAGAAGGGCUGUUAAGUGGGCAGAUGGACAUGCAAACUGCCCUCUCCACACACAUGCACCCAGGACCCCAGAGGGGUACAGUUAGUUCUCCAGUGCCUUCGCUUUCUGUACAGGACUUCAUAGGAAUCUGAGAGGUGAUCGAAGCUGACUCCACAAGAGUAAGCCAGAGACACCCAACCAACGCCAGUUGUGGGGCCGUGCAGACAAAGGCCAAGACAGAUACACUGACAGUUGUAUACAAGGACCUGAGUGGGAUAGAGCAGCAAACUGAGAAAGACUGAGGCCAUUGAAGCAAUUCCUGAAAGGGGGCCGUGGGUACUGCUGCCAUUCCCAGCCCAGCUUAACAGGGGGGAAGGUAUGUGGGCAGACUGGGGGCAGAGUAUCCAAGAAACAGGUUCUGACGUCAGCUGCAGUGCCAAGGAGAUGGCAGGGUAGCAACAGGGGGAAGCUGGCGCAGUAUGGGGGCAAGACCAUCAGCUGAUUGUAGAGAGCCAGUCAAGGGCUGGCGAUAAAAGGGCGGGGCCGCGGCCGACGUCACUGCCGCGGCCGACGUCACCGCCACUUGCCGCAUCCUCAAGAUCUCUCUGGUGCAGCUCGGGUGCAGGUCUCUGCGGGAGCCACCCUAGACCUCUGCAGCUUCUCCUGUUAACAUGGCCGACUCGGAAAACCAGGGACCUGCGGAGGCAAGCCAGGCGGCGGCGGCAGCGGCGGCGGCAGCGGCAGCGGAGGCGGCCGCAGCGGAGGAGGUAAUGGCGGAAGGCGGUGCGCAGGGGGGAGACUCUGACAGCGCGGCUGGCGACUCCGACAGCGCGGCUGGUCAGACGGCCGAGGAGCCCCAGACCCCAGCAGAGAAUGCACCAAAGCCGAAAAAUGACUUUAUCGAGAGCCUGCCUAAUUCGGUGAAAUGCCGAGUCCUGGCCCUUAAAAAGCUGCAGAAACGGUGCGAUAAGAUAGAAGCCAAAUUUGAUAAGGAAUUUCAGGCUCUGGAAAAAAAGUAUAACGACAUCUAUAAGCCCCUACUUGCCAAGAUCCAAGAGCUCACCGGUGAGAUGGAGGGAUGUGCAUGGACCUUAGAAGGGGAGGAGGAGGACGACGACGAGGAAGAGUACGAGGAUGAGGAGGAGGGGGAAGAGGAGGAGGAGGAGGAGGAGGAAGCUGCGGCAGAGGCUGCUGCGGAGGCGGCCACUGCCAAAGAUGAGGGUCCCCAUUCUGCGGUGUCUGAUGACGCCAAGAAAUAAGCGGGGGCAGAGAUUCUGAAGAGGAGGAUGACGCCGAAAACAAAUACCCUAUUUCUUUUCUUUUUUUUUUGGAAUAUUGGUGGACUUAAAAAUAAGGCUCAGGUUUGGGACCAAAAUACAACGAAUCAAUACUGACAUUCCUAAUAUUAAAUUGAAGCAAUCAGAUCCUGGCCAGCCCGUUUCAAAUUUGAUUUUCAUUUUGAAACAGUAAAUAUAUCAAAAGGUGUUGAGGAAAACGAGUUAAAUUUAAAAUGAGUUUUUCAUGAUCUCUUCUGUGAGGACUGCAACUGAGGCUUAGUAAGGGUGUCAGGUAGAUGUGAAGUAAAGAAUGUCACUUUGAAACCUAUUCAUCCCACAGCCAUCACACUACACACGGAACACCCAGGCCAAGACUGAACAUGUUCUCAGUGUUUAAUUCUUCAGUUUCUUUAGUCUGGACAUUUUCCAGUGCAGGAAAAGCAGAACCCAAGACUCUCAUCUUAAGACUUUGCUUUUGUAACCCAGACAUCAGCUUUACACUUGAGAGAAGAGUGAUGAAUGGAGGAAGCCUGUGAUGGAGAUCAUGACAGUACUGCUUAAUGAGGCCUGGAAAACUGCCACUUCAAAUUCUAAAGAAUGUUCUAAAUAUUUGAAUUUAGAGAAGCAACAUGGUUCUGAGAAGGAGGGUGUAUAACCUGUAUAAUAUUGUCAACAUAUGUGUUUGUUAUUUACAGUCUCAUGUUUAUGUGUUUUCUUGGUAGUGUCUAUUUACAAAGGUGUAAAAAAAACAAACCCAAAAUGUUUAAGUAUUAAAUCCUUUUACCUAGCAUUCUAGAAAUAUUAAUUUACUUGAAAAGAUGUAGAAUGUAGCCAAUUCUGUAAAGCAUGUGUAUUCAGUGUUAUGUAGUUUGAUCCUUGUGAAGUCUUUUGUCAUGUAGCUUUUAGAAUGUAGCUGUGAAAAUUACCAGAACUCUUCAACGAAGCUAAUGUUUGGAAAAAAUAUAUACUUGAAGAACCAAUCCAAGUGUGUGUCCCCACCCCCAGCUCAGAAGUAGAAGGGUUUAAGUUUGCUUGUAUUAGCUGUGCCUUCAUUAUUUUGCUAUGUAAAUGUGACAUAUUAAAUAAAAAAUGGUGCAUAUUCAAAUUUUA